UUAAUGCAUAUUUUACACAAAAAUUAAUGCAUAAUUCAAUGCAAUGAAUUAAAAGUAGCAAGUGAUUAAAAUGCAAUCGUUGAUAAGUAAUAUCCUCGGCGUGAAAAAACUUUGAGUGCAAUGAAUGAUCGACGAUUUUACCGUAUCUAAUCUACAUUUUUUUGAAAGGACUUAAGUUCCCCAAAUUAAAUAUCAUUUAGGCGUAUUCGUUUCAGGACUUGACAUAAUUUUAAGCCAAUAUGUAUUUUAAACUUAUCUCCUUGUGUAUCUGUUGCUAUUUCGUUCAAAUAGCUUGUUCUCAACAAGAUGGUGAGCUGAUUUCAGUGGUUACAGUGAGUAUAAAAUUAACUAGUCUCUAAACAGUCAAUAUGUAAGUAUAUUUAGAAUAGCCAAAGUCUCUAAACAGUCAAUAUGUAAGUAUAUUUAGAAUAGCCAAAAAUACGGAGAGACGUAAAAAUAUGCACGGUUUGUCAAUAUUUGACUGUAGCGCCAAAUAGCAAAUAAAUUUCCAUCAUCAGAGCCAAACUGGCAACAGCGCGGUCUGCCAUAAUGUUUUGUAAAUUGACAGCCAACUUGCAUGCUAAGUAAAUUUGGUUAUUCUAAAUUAUUAAAAUCCUUUUUGUAGGUCAGAAAGUUUCGAAUCAAAAUUGAUCGUUAUCUUUUAUCAUUAAGGAGCAUCGGAGCAGGAGUUCACCAGGGCUCCGUCCUUGGUCCGAUCUUAUACCUAAUCUUUACUUCCGACAUGACUCGUUUUUGACCACACAGACCGUGUAGGCUGGAGAAAUAAUAAACGCAAGCUGUCUUCUUCUUAACAAAUUGAGCUGAAGAGUUGUAGCUAUUUGAAAAAAUAACCGAAAGUUGUUCAGGCAUGGACAGCGAAAUCCAAAAAAAAUAUACCCAAAUGAUCCGUACGGAAAUCUAAGCAAAUACUGGCCAGACGGCUUAAGCCAAAUUACCAAUGUUGGGAUUCAAGAACAGUAUGAUUUAGGCAAAUGGGUGAGGGAACGUUAUCAUGACUUUUUGCCAAAGGAAUAUUCGUCUAAACAAGUAUACGUACGGUCUACCGACCACGAGAGAACUUUGACGUCAGCUGAAGCACAUUUGGCUGGAUUAUUUCCACCACAGGGACGAGAGAUUUGGAACAAGUCGUUGCUUUGGAGACCAAUACCUGUACAUACGACUUGGAAAGAUAACGAUGAUGUUCUUGCAAUGGAUACUGAUUGUCCGAAAUAUGACAGGCUGUACAAAGAUCUGAUGAAUUCCGAUUAUUUCAUGAAGAUUGAUGAAGACAAUAAGGAACUAUACAGCUUUCUUUCUAAUCACUCGGGUUGGAACAUCAACCACUUCAAAAAAGCUGCGCCUCUCUUCAGCCUUCUCAACAUCGAAACUCAAAAAAACCUCACAUUACCUGAGUGGACAAAAGAUGUGUACCCUGACAAACUCAAACACUUCGCCGUCUUAAAGCACGCUUCUCAAACUUACACUGCUGAACUAGCUCGUUUAAAAGCCGGUACUUUUUUCCACUAUCUCAUAUCUCAUUUCGAAAAAAUCAUCGAGGAACAUAAAAAGACAAAAUUACUCGCCUUAUCAGCCCAUGAUGGCACUAUCGUAAACGUACUUAACUCUAUGGGACUGUUUGACUACGAGUAUCCUGUGUUUGGAGCUACAGUAAUCUGGGAGUUGAGAAAGAAUAGGAACAACGAUACGAGUAGCUACUACGUGACUAUGCAAUAUAAAAAUGGAGAAAAUUUGAAACCGUUGGUGUUGAAAGGAUGUUUGGUAAAUUGUUACUUUGAUCAUUACAAAAAUAGUUUGUCGGCAAUUACUGUUACGAGUAAAAAUAAGGAUAAAGAAUGUCAUAGUAUUGUUUAACGUUGGUAAAUUAUAGAAGUUAUAUCAAUGUAUUGUAAUGUAAUACAGAUUUUUUGAAAAAUUACAUCAUUUCUUUAUAUGACUUGCACAAAAAUGGCGUUAACUCCGAGCUGCCUAGAAAACGCUGUCAUCAGGGGCUGAAUAUUAUUAUAAGAAAAGAAGUUAACUACAUUUUUCAAGUUUCUAAUUUUGUUUGUAUCUCAUAGAUAAUGCUUGGUAUGGAGUAUCUAUUCAAAAAAUCGAAAAAAAGUUUCUCAGGAUCGAACCCGAGACGGUGGAUUACUAAUGCAAGCACCAAACAUCCGUGCCAAAUAGUCGGCUGUAAAUUAGUUUCCGAAACAUCUACACAUCCGAACCGAACCAUGUGGUCAACUAGGUUAUGCUGAGAAUCGAGAGCUGCUGAACAGAAACGGCGAACAAACGGUUCGAUUUUGUGCGAUGUGCUAAGCUUGCCAAUCGUUGCGCAGCACCGACGAACACUGCAACAGCGCAAUUGUGCAGAUGAGGUGCUUUUCCAAUGUUGCAGUCAAGGAUGCGGGGUUAUCCGAGAUGUAAUUGAAACAAAUAAGAAAAAUAUGGCGUCGAGUGGCUUGACUGUAGUUUGCACGCAAUUCAGGACAAAUGAACUUUUUAUAAUAUGUAUCUGAGUCAAAUCAUGGCAUAAGGUCGUAGAGUAAAAUGAAUAUCACUGACUAUUUCCCUCGUCUUAAUUUCUGCCAAUCACAAAUGCGCAAUUUUAAAUGGAUACCGCAAGUGACAUUUUUGUGUUAGUCUGCAACAUUGGCAAUAAUGAAUCGGAUGUAAACCUGAUUAGUGUUUUGUUUUUGUAUGCAAAUGAACCUUUCUAAAUAAAAUAGCUAUUGGCAAGUACAAAAUGAAUCUGUAGCGUACAUAAAACCAAAACAAAAUUCGGCUCUGUCUACUUGUCGUUGACCGAUCCCUCAGAAUUAUGUGUCCUGUGCCGAUAUGGGGAAUUUUGAGAUAUUACUAGAUAAUCAGCUGUCAUUCUACCGUGAUGAAUUCUUGUGAAAUAGGGUAUAGAUGGACAAAAUUUUGUUUAACCGUCAAAACUUGACAGCUUGACCAAAAAUUACAAAACCUUUGAUAACAAGUAAGGUAGUAUGUUUUGUAAGCUAUGUGUAUGCAGAAUAAUCUGUUACUCAUGAAAUAGUCUUGUCAAAUACUAUUCCUAUGAAAAAAAUGUUAAAAUGCUACUUAGUAACAUGUUUUUUCAAUUUUUUUCGGAAAAAUUAGAUGCCUUUAUGAUAUUAUGAAAAACGAAUUGUUCAUUUGGCAAAUUUUUAUAUCACGAACAUGAAAACUACCGUUUCAAGAGUUGCUUGAAGCAAAAAAAGAUGUCUCGCUACUUCCCUACAGGUGGCGCUUGCUCAGCACCUGUCAUAAAAAGGUGUCACAAAACAGCUGAUUGUCAAUCUCCCAAAUGUGUGUAAAAAGCAACUACAAAAGGUUGUGUUUUGAAUAGUAACAAGAAAAACUGUGUGAAAAUAAAUCGUUUUCGGUAUUGGAUUUGAAGUCAUCAAUUAUAUCUGUUUGCAAACACUUUAGAACCCUUUACCAAUGAAUGCCACUUAAAAAAUGUCUCUUUUUGCCGCAUUUGCUGAGCAAGCCUGCAAUAAGGACAAGGAAGAAGAUGCAAAUCAAUGCUGGUUAAAGAAUUCAAGUUUUCAACCAUCUUUUGCUAUACCAACCACCUCUACCUCAGACGAUGUAAUAGAGGAAACACCUCGAGAUAAUUCCGAUACAGAUGAGAAGACUAACAAUGAUGUUUCUAAACGAAAGAAACGUAAACACAAACAAAAAAGAGAAAGCAGGAAAAAAUUGAAGCUUGAUAAGGAUCCUCCUAAAAUUCAAGAUCAUACAGAUGCUUAUGUUAUUGAUUUGAAAGGGUACAGGGAGUUGCUCUCCGUGGAUAAAAUUUCUAGACCUUCUGCACCUAUUUAUAAGAUUGCAUAUUACUUGAGCAGCUGCCCAGGUAUUUCAAAAAGAAAAUUCAAAAGGUAUCACAAGGUUGUUAUUGAGAAAAAGGUGAAAAAUGAUGAGGUUCUUACAAAGCAAAGUAUACAAGCAAAGAUUCCCACAUUUUCUCAAGACGACUGCUUUUCAACUAGCAGUGGAUUGAGGGAAGAGCAGGAACUGUCUGAGAAAACAGGUUUUUACAACAGAUGGUUGACUGAUAAGCCAGAUGAUAUUGCUAUGUGGUUGGAAUACGUUGCGUUUCAGGAUGUUGUUCACCAGUUUGAAAAGUGCAGGAGGAAAGGUAGCAUGGCCAAAGCACAGAGGGUGCUGGCAGAAAAGAAGCUGAGCAUCAUUGAGAAGGCUUUAUCUCUGAACCCCGGUUGUGAUCUUUUGCACAGAGAAAGAUUGAAAAUAGCAAAUGCUACGUUUCCAAUUGAUGAACUUUUAUCUUAUUUGGAAAUGCUGGUGGAUAAGGACAAGGGCAACAUCAUAUUAUGGCAAGGUUACAUCGAAGCUACUCAGUGCUCCAUGUCGCUGUUCAACACAGCAUCUGUGAUGAGCUUAUACAGCAGGUGCCUGUCAACGUUGCACCAACUCCGAAGGGCCGCAACCAUGGAUCGUCCCACGAUGGAGGAGAGCAUCUUGAGGAUGUUGUACCAAUGCGGGCUCUUUUUGAAACAGGCUGGCCUCCUGGAGAACCUUUGGAUGUUGCUCAAGAUGUACCUGGAAGUUAACCUCGCGCCUACGGAAUCUUCUACCAUGGAAAGGAGUAAAUUUGCUGUCUCAAGCACAGUGUCCGAGAAACAGUUGGCUGAUCUAGAGGAAGUCGUAUUUACGUCCCAGUUACCUUUGCACGAGCUCUGGCUUCGCACAGAGAAACUCAGAGAGGCUUGUCAUUGGCUGCCGUACACAGAACCACAAAACGGUCAGCUUCUGGAAGCGGACUGCUGCGAUCCCCAGCGUUUGGUGUUCUCAGAAGACGUCGCCGAGCUGAUCCAUCCCAUAACAAUUCCUGAGAAUAUCUUCAGGUUGACAGCGAUGGUACUGGCACUUCUGAAGGUACCACUCCUGCCCUGCAGACACACCACUUUCCAACAGCUGGGCUUCGACCACGUGCCGUCUAGUCUGGACUCUGUUGACACCUUUGCUGGCUGUGUGUAACACCUCUAUACCCAGUAGAAGAUGUAGUGGAUGUCAGCUUUUCACCUGCACAAACAUCAGCACCUGCGGUGGGGCCCACCCGUCUAUGAAAAGCUUUCCCGGCAAAGAGGAGUACCUGGAGUUCGUUCUGGAAGUUAAUGGGCCGUUGUACGGACUGCCUUACAGGAGACGAUCGGAUAGCUGUCAUAAUUUGGUCAUUCCGGUUCAAGCGGUUGCUAGCCUUGUUGGCGAAACUGGGCUGUUGGAAGAUGGACGAACGUUUCAAGAAGCACCACCUCAAAAAGACGAUCAAAGAUUUCUUGAAGAAAGAAGAGAACCGCCAAAAUGAAGUGUUUUAUUUGGAGUACGCGCUUAUCGAGUACGAACUAGGCAACGUUGACUCCUGUACGAACAUCAUCAAUGUGGCUCUUGGCAUGAACGAUAGCCAGGAAUUUAAGCUAGAAAAUUGGGAUGAAGCUCAAACAAACAGGUGCUGUUUGUACAAGAAUCUGGUGCACUUGUCGCUUCAGUCGAGGCCUGACGACCCGAACGAAGCCCUAAAACUCCUCUGCGAAAUGGCGCUCCGCCAGAAAGUGUCUCAGGUGACGGAGUCGGUUCUACAGAGGGCCGAGGUGGAAUUUGAUAGAGUCAGCGCGGGCGUGCUAGGGAAUAAAAUGAAGACGCUGCAACCCGUGCGACAUUUUCAGCCGGAGUUUUUCACGGAUUGGGUGACGUGUCAAGCGUGGUUUUUAUAUUUGCAUGAAGGAUCGACGGCAUGCCAGAACUUCUUAGCGAGGGUAUUGAGCAAACUUGAAGAAACUGAUCGAUCGAAAGGUGAAAAUCUGUGGUACCAGGAAGUCGUUCAGGAGCUGCAAGUCGCGGUGCUGUUAAAAAACUACAAAGAUCGCCGACCGGCAGCAGGAAUGUACCAGGUUUUAGAUCAAGUUCUGAGCAACGGCAUUCGCAAGUUCCCCAACAACCUGUUCCUGCUGGCAGCCCUGGCCAAGGAACAAACUUUGACCUGUUCGAUGGGACCGAGGUGGUGGACUGUGCAAAAGCUGUUAUUGCAAUCGGAAAGAGCAUUUGCCGCCGUAUUUGCUGAUGUAAAUACGAGACGGACAGCAAUAUGGUGAAUAGAAUUAUGGCGUUGUUUAAGAAAAUAACGAACGGCAAUGUCACGACGAGAAAAUGUGGAUUGAUUUGGAGAUUGUACUUGCAGUUUGUAUACACAUAUUCAUCGCCGAAGAUUUGCAGGAAUGUUUAUUAUGCCACUGUCGAGGAAUGCCCUUGGCUUAAGGCAUUAUACAUAGACGCAGCUAUUUAUAUACCCGCAGAAUUGCAUCAAAUUCAAGAUCUGAUAAUAGAAAAACAAUUGAGACUCCAUGUGACUCCAGAAGAACUUGAUGCGCUUAGGAGUUAAUUUAUCAGAUAUAAUUAUUUUUCAUAUAACAGUGUAAAUGAUGUAAAGAACAUUUGUUGUAAAGAUUUGUAUAUUUUGUUUCAUUAAAUGUUUUUUAAAAAUA